UAGCUGUUGUGCGGGGUUCUUUGUAUAUUUAAGUAGAUGACGCUUUCGCCUCCAGUGACGGUUUACGCUCAAAGGUCAAAGUUUACGAAAUAUUUCAAAAUGGCUGCGCUCACGUCCUUGCUUCUUAAAUCCAGACCGGGCACGCUGCUGCCCUGUCAACCCUUCUGGGUGGUGUCCACGAGGGAUGCAUCCAAAAAGUCAGGAGGGUCUUGUAAGAAUCAAGGGGGAAAGAGUCCCGGGCGCAGAUAUGGGUUCAAGCAUGUAAAUGGAAGUUUUGUCCAUGCUGGUAACAUCCUAGCUACACAAGGAGCUAUGCGCUGGUAUCCAGGAGCACAUGUUGGCAUUGGAACCAAUAAGACUCUGUUCGCUCUCGAAGAUGGCAUUGUCAGGUUCACCAAGGAAGUGUACGUACCGUCUCCUCGCAGCCAGGAAGGAUUGUCUGUGAUAAAGCUCCCAAAUGGUGCAGUGCUUUAUAAGACUUUCAUCAAUGUUGUCCCAACCAAGCAACAGGGGACCUUCAAACUUGUCGACAUGGUUUGAGACCUGCCCUACCUCCGUCUGCACCCUUUUCACAUCUGAUUUUGAGAACAUGAGUCAUUGGCCACUUUCUUUCCUUCUUUUAGUGUCACAGUUUUGUCUGGAUCUUGAGUUGCUUGGAAAUUGGAGAAUCCCUAUCUUAUUUUAUGUUAUGUUAUGGAAAUACAUGUUUAAGCUGAAUUUGUAAAUAAAAUGAAGUCCUAACAUACAGUUC